UGGAGGAGCAGGCUUCGCGGGGAAGGCCGAGUGGUGUAGGCUGGAGACUGGGGUCGGGAGCCCGAGACUCCGGGGCCGGUGCAGGCGCGGCCUCGGGCUGAGUCCUAGCAAUUCAGAAUGGCUACUCUGAUCUUCGUUGAUAAGGAAAAUGGAGAACCAUGUACCCGUGUGGCUCCUAAGGAGGGGCUGAAGCGGGGGCCUGGGCCUGUUAAAGCCUUGGAUGGGCGAUCCCAGUUUUCAACACAUGUUGGCAAAACGUUUGAUGCUCCACCAGCCUUACCUAAAACGGUCAGAAAGGCUUUGGGAACUGUCAACAGAGCUACAGAAAAGACAGUAAAGACCAAUGGACCCUUCAAACAAAAACAACCAAAUUUCUCUGCCAAAAAGAUGAUUGAGAAGACUGUUAAAGCAAAAAGCACUGGUCCUGCCUCCGAUGAUACCUAUCCAGAAAUAGAAAACUUCUUUCCCUUCAAUCCUUUAGAUUUUGAGAGUUUUGACCUGCCUGAAGAGCACCAGAUUGCACAGCUCCCCUUGAGUGGAGUGCCUCUCAUGAUUCUUGACGAGGAGAGAGGACUUGAGAAACUGCUGCAGCUGGGCCCCCCUUCGCCUGUGAAGAUGUCGUCUCCACCAUGGGCAUCUAAUCCGUUGCAGUCCCCUUCGAGCAUUCUUUCAACCCUGGAUGUGGAAUUGCCACCUGUUUGUUAUGACAUGGAUAUUUAAAUUUCUUAGUGCUUUCUAGUUUGUGUUUGUAUUAAUAAAGCAUUUGUGGAACAGA